ACUGCUGGCUACAAGAUGAGUUAUGUGCACAAGAUCCUAAUUAUUACUUUGUUACAAUAUUCACUAGCAGCACAAGAUAAUGUAAUUACUGUAUUUAAUGAGGAGAAUAUUACCUGCAGUAUUCCACAACAAGAGAAGUACACAUGGUACAGCUAUGGAAUGGAAUCAUAUGGUUUAUCGUAUAAAAAGACUGAUGAACAAGGGAAAAAUUGUCGGGUUCCAUCUGAUGGUGGAAUAUUUGCUUGUGAGCCACAAAACGAAAAUUCUGUGCAAACAACAAUUGAAUCUACAUGUAAUUCUUGUAAGAUAUUUAUUGUCCCAUCACUUAAAGGUGAAUCCUAUACCUUUUCAGGCUCACAGCAGGGAAAGAGAGAGAAAGCAACCAACAAACCAGAACAUAAGGCAAAUGAAAAUGACAAAAAUAUUAUAAAAGGAAUUGGUCAAAAUGUCAAUUUCUCCUGUCAGAUUAAUAUAACAAGCUCAUUCAUUUUAUUCUGGAUAGCUGUGUAUCCUAAACGUAUACAGUGUUUACUCUCAGCUGAAAUGGACAGAAACAUAGAGAAUAACUUUACCGCUGCAUUCAAUAAGCUCUGCUAUCCUACUGCAGACAUUCGAGAAAGGGUAAAUUUUUCCAGUUCAUCAAACUACUUUGAUAAGCCUCAAUACCUUAAUCUGACUAUUUCAAGCAUUGCAGCCAUUGACAAUGGACACUACUUAUGCAUCAUAUAUUUAUGGAAAAAUGGUGGACAUAAAUGGGAAAUUGCAAAUAACCAAUCACUUCAAGUAACUGGAAAUCAAGAUGGAAAGCCUGUUACAGAUUCAUCUAUGUAUAUAGCUGCUGGAACUAUAGGAGGAGUGGUUGCUUCGGUUGGCAGUUUAUUCCUGAUUAUUUUUUGCAUCAGAACUAAAGGGAAACAAGUGCAAGCAAAUCAGAGUCCUCCAAACGCUGUAGAACCUACAGAUGAUUAUGAAUGUACUCCCUAUGCAGUGAGUGAAAGAAGGGAGGAGAAUCCAAGAAUUUUGUACGCACUUGCACAAUCACCAAAGCUAGCAUCAGAAUAUUCAGAAGUGGAGCUGAAAUCUUUGGUUGCACCCAGAGAUUGAUUUAGACCUCACGGGGCCCUAAGCAAGAUACCGAUUUAGGCCCCCUCCCUCAAACAAUAAAUAGCACUAUAUUUUCAUUCCUGA